AUGCCCUAUGAGUUUCAGCCAAGCGCUGUUGGCUUUGCUCUGUGCGUUCGUGAUGCCGAUCCAGUACCGUUUUCCCGAAAUAAACGAGUAGAUGUCUUUGAGAGAUUACAAGGCGAGCGACCUUUGACACGUUCUUCCCGAGCCACAGGCUCAGCUCAUCCACAAGAUUACGGUCCUUCUUGCACAGUCCUAGGUCCUCCAGUUGUUCUGGCACCGGUGCAUUCUUGUGCGGCGAACGUUGGUCAAAUUGAGUUUGUUUCGUACCUUGUGAAUGAUCAAUACUCCCAAUUACGGUCAAGUCACUCCAAGACCGGUCCAUGCCAGAUCAUCAAGUAUCAUUUCAAGUGUUUCAACGUCAUCAGAACACGUCAAGCUGCGUGCAUCUUCCCAUGGACGAUCAGAAUCGACGGAGACACGAUUCGUGGCUUCGAUGAGACUUGGCACAUGGGCCCGUGCACGGCGAUCAGUCUUCCCGAAGAAGCUCCGAUGAAGCGGAAACAAGUCGACAAUAACGCGUCGCACGCAGGGCGCGGCCGUUUGAAGCGCGCUAAGACGCAUUGCGCGGACGCCAGCGCACCUCGCCCCUCACCACCAGAAACCCGUGCCUCUACGCAGACGCCCGCCCACGCCCUCACCCAAGAAUGCUUACGCAAUCUGCAGGAGUCGACUGCUGAAGUCGGGAAGUUGUCGAUAUCGCAUUGGAGAAGCUGUGUCAGCACUGGCCAUCUGGAGAACAUGGACGCGCCUCCGACGCCUCGCAGUGCAGGCGAGCGCCGCCAUUCAAAACACCGCAGACACGCACAGAAACUGCGAACACCCAGUCCCAGCAAGAGACCAACUCCGCAAACGUAUCGCACGCGGAACAUGCACCACGCCCGUGUCCUGGUCGAUACCUCGGUCGAUCUCCCGCCCGCAAUAAGCACCCGAGUGCGAGACAUCCUAGGAGUUGAUGGUUCAGGGCAUCCAGUAGCCACACCAGAAGACGCAUCACCCGUGCCUGCACUUGUUGCCGCUUCAGCUACGAUGUACUGGAAAGAGUCGCAAAGAAACGCGCGCGAGUGUUCGCUGGAAGGUGAUUGGAAGGCUAGUCUGUACGGGCUCGUGAGAAUGAUUUCCAAUGUCUGGCCGGGAGACGUCAAAGUCCACACGUCUGAGAAAAUCUGGCAUUCCGAUCUCAAGCCGACAGGCCCCUCCUUCGAAGAGUCUGUGAACGAAAACCGAAGCACUAUGCCCGACUAUCACACACCACAGACUGCGCUACCAGAGUCGACCUCUUCCGAAGCCGCCACCAGCGAUAGCACUUUUCUUGGGUCCGUCCCGUCGCUCCCUCCUCCCUCAGUCGCACCAACCACCAGUACCGAAGCUGCAAGUCCGUAUCACAUAUCAACACCGAAACCAGACAUAACCGUUGGCCUCGCACAUGGGAAAUUCAUGCCGAGCCACCAGCAGCGACUUGUCAACCACCAGGUGUCUGGGACACUAUUGAGCGACCCGCACGUAGCAGACAUGGGCAUACGAUUCCCCUUCUUGGUCGCCGAAGUGAAGGGCCUAAGCCUGAAUGGAAGUCUAGUCAGUGCUCAGAACCAAGCUGCCAUAAGCGGUGCCUCAAUGCUCACUAUCCUUCAAAAUCUCAUGUCCCAGGCACGACGCCAUUCGAGCUCAGACGCUGAUUCGGAGUUGCGGUUAUAUACAGACAAUACGCUUUGUUUCUCGAUUGUAACGGCAGGCCCCUUGCACGAGAUAUGGGUUAACUUUACAGCUGAGGGGGCCUAUCACAUGGAAUGCCUUCAGGCAUUGCGCACUACACUUGAACGCGAUGCCUUACAUUUUUCUUAUUGUGUAUAUCGUAUCUUGAACUGGGGUCAAGGCACGUUAAGGGAUGCUAUUGUAGAAAAGAUUACGCUAGUAAUAUAUAAUACUAUUAGUUAA